AUGAAAAACAUGCAAAGACUUAUCGUGUUGUUGUCAUUUGUAGCGGUCGUGUGUGGUGUCCAAUAUGACGGACUUAGAGCAAAAUUCGGUUGGACGGAUGCCCUGGCUGAUAUGGAGUACUUCUUCAAAAUUCCUCGCACCAUCACUGACGUGGAAACCGAAGGGUGGCUGCGGACUGAGCGGCCGAAGGGUCCACUGCCAGAGCUGAGGAUGUACUGUCCUCCUGGAAGAGGGCUCUGCUCCCUAUAUGAUACUGCUGGCUUUGUUGCCGGAAUCAUGCUUACUUUUCCAGCUGAUGGAUUGGAGACUGCAUUGCCUCCUGAGAAGAACCUCGUUAAGUGGUCAGCUCCGGCUGUGGAAGGCGAGCCAGCAAGAGAAUACUGGACUGCUACACAGUUCUUUGUGUCUGAAGAGUCCCUAAAGGCUGGUGCUGGCCCUCAAGUGGAGAACGGAGCUACGCUGCAAGAUGGUGGAGUAUGGGUUGUGGGACACGACGCACGUCUGAUGCGUAUACCUAGCACAGAAGCAGAGCUGAACAGCACCACCUUCAAAAAACAAAAUUGUAUUCCUAAUAUGGGUACACAUUACUAUUACAACAUGACUCGUGACCUUAAAUGUGACGAUUUCUUCCCAUGGUUCGCGAUGACGACACAGGGUGAUAUGGUUGGCACUGGAUUCCAAAUGGUGGGCAGAAUGCCCAAACCCAAAAAGGAAAGGAAUUGGUUUGAUGAUAUUCCCAACCCUAAACAAGGCAUGUCGAUAGGGAUACCUCAUGCUCCUCAAUGUCUCCUUGAAAGCGCAGAAAAGUACGGAAUAAUCUCAAUACAUGUUUAUUUCGUCGAUGAACCCUGGAAGAUAAAGUGCCAGGCUGGAGACUCAAUCAAGGCAGUUCCAGCUUUAGACCGUCUUCUCCUCAACGGUUACAAAUACGCCAACCAAAUAUCUGAUGAAGUAGUGAAAUUAUUUAGCGGUUAA